AUUAGAGGAUUACUGACAGCUGAAAGCACCGAGCGCCUCCAUCAGCAUCCUCUCUCUCUCUCUCUCUCUCUCUCUCCAUCAUGUCUCUAGCGCUCCCUGCCUAAAGCUGUCAUCCAGGGACCUAGGCAGACAUCCUGUACAGAAGUUGAUGGUCCAGUAUGGAGAUGUCCGGCCUCUCCAUCAGCAGAGGAGGCUCGACAAAGACCACAGCAGCAUCAAACCACCAAGCUCCAUCCACCUUUCCAGACUUUACUCCUCGGACCAGGCUGCCCUCCACCCUCUGCUGUCCGGGGGGAAACAUGCGUCUUCUUUCCGGGGCCCUUCUCUUCUUCCUUCUUGCUUUUUACCCCCCCCUAUGCCUCUUUCCAUCGGUGGAUUGCUCACGCUUGUGUCCACACCCAUGCAUUUGUUAUGAGCACGCUGACCUGGUGGACUGCCGCGAGCGAGGGUUCCGGCAUGUUCCCAGGGGCCUCCCACACGCCACGUGGCUGCUGGAGCUGGGAGGGAAUAAUCUGAGCCAGAUCGGCACCGGAGCCUUCGCUGGACUCUGGUCCCUGCGGGUGCUGGUGCUAACCAACAGCCAGAUACAAGAACUGCAACCCCAGGCUUUCUUUCCGCUGUCCUUCCUGGAGAAGCUGGAUCUCAGCUGGAACCAGUUAACAUCUCUGCCUGUGGACUUCUCAGCCAGUCUGUCUGCUCUCAGAGAGCUGCGACUGGAGCACAACAAGCUGCACCACAUCUCUGGAUACAGCUUGGAGUAUCUGGACAACAUGGAGAAGCUGGACCUCAGUUAUAACCAGCUGGUGACGGUGGGCUCUGGCGUGUUCAGGGGCCUCUCCAGGCUUAGACACCUCUACCUGCACAACAACAGACUGACUACGGUGCAGCGGGGGAGCCUGAGUAUGCUGCCUGGACUAGAGGUGCUCCAGCUGAGUAACAACAACAUCUCCUACAUAGAGAACGAUGCCCUGGCCCCCCUCUACAGCCUGGCGGUCCUAGAUCUGGAGGGAAACAACCUGCAUCACCUCAAGUUUAAGACCUUAAUCAGCCUUCACACAACAGCUACACACAUCCAGCUGUCAGGCAACCCGUGGAGCUGUGACUGCGAUCUGCACCGCGUCUUCAGUAAAAUCCUGCACGUUCGCCACCUCCACAUCGACGACUACAGCAACGUGACGUGCCAGGAUCCGCCGCAGCUGGCCGGGGCUUCGCUGGCCUGGGUGGACAGCCAGCUCUGCAUCGCAGAGACCGCCACCGUGCUCGUCAUCACUUUCACCGUGCUGGUCACCGUGGUGGCGGCUAUGGUGAUGGCGGAGAGAAACAGGAAGAGGAACGGUGGGAAGGACUGGGACACUGAUUCACAGAAUCAAACUUAGAUCCCCCAGUCCAGAGAGGAGGAGAGACCCUAUGAGACUGAAAGGGACCACCAAUGUGAACAGCCA